CCCGCCCCGGUAUUGUUGUGGCGGAGCCGCGGGGGCGGCGGGAGGAGGAGGAGGAGGCGCUUUGUUCCUCCCGGUACCGGGGAUCGCCACCGGCUCCCCCCCUCCCCGACACACACCCGUGGAUGGGGGGGCCGGAAUUGCCCCCCCCGCCGCCGCUCGGGGUCGCCGGUGCAGCGGGGAUUGCCCCCCACGGGACCCGGCGGUGUCCCCAGCGCUGUCCCCAGCGCUGUCCCCCCGGUGCCAUGGCUGCUGUCACCGCCCUGCUGCUGCUGGCCCUGGUCACCGCUGCUGCUGGCACGCCGGGGGCACCGUGGAGUGCUGUGCCCAGGAGGACUGUGCCCUACGAGGAGCUGCAGGACACCGCCAGGCGUUUCUCCCAGGGCGGGGUCUCUCACUACCUGACGCUGACGCUGGACGAGGCCGAGGCGCUGCUCUACGUGGGUGCCCGCGAGGCCGUGUUCGCCCUGGCCACGGGCACCGUGGAGCUCAAGGCGGCGAUCUCCUGGGAGGCGCCCGUGGAGAAGAAGGCGGAGUGCGUGCAGAAGGGCAAGAACAACCAGACCGACUGCUUCAACUACGUGCGCUUCCUGCAGAGCUACAACAGCUCCCACCUGUACGCCUGCGGCACCUACGCCUUCCAGCCCAAGUGCACCUACAUCGAGCUCUCCGGCUUCACCCUGGACCCGGUGGCGUUCGAGGACGGCAAAGGCAAAUGUCCCUACGACCCCACCAAGGGCCACACCGGCCUCAUCGUGGAUGGGGAGCUCUACUCUGCCACCUUCAACAACUUCCUGGGCACGGAGCCCGUCAUCCUGCGCAACCUGGGCCCGCACUACUCCGUGAAGACCGAGUACCUGACCUCGUGGCUCAACGAGCCUCACUUCGUGGCGUCGGCCUUCGUGCCCGAGAGCGCGGGCAGCAGCGGCGACGACGACAAGGUUUACUUCUUCUUCAGCGAGCGCGCCGUCGAGUACGACUGCUACGCCGAGCAGGUGGUGGCACGGGUGGCACGGGUCUGCAAGGGGGACGUGGGCGGCGCGCGGACGCUGCAGAAGAAGUGGACGUCGUUCCUGAAGGCGCGCCUGGUGUGCUCGGCGCCCGAGCAGCAGCUGCACUUCAACCGCCUGCAGGCCGUCUUCACCCUGCCCGGUGCCCGCUGGCAGGACACCGCCUUCUUCGGCGUCUUCCAGGCCCGCUGGGGGGACGUGGACGUCUCUGCCAUCUGCCGCUACCCCAUCCUGGAGGUGAGGAAGGCCUUCGAGGGGCCCUACAAGGAGUACCGGGAGCAGGCGCAGAAGUGGGGGCGCUACUCGGGCGAGGUGCCCACGCCCCGGCCCGGCGCGUGCAUCACGGACUGGCACCGGCAGAACGGCUUUGCCAGCUCGCUGGAGCUGCCCGACAACACGCUCAACUUCGCCAAGAAGCACCCGCUGAUGGACCAGCCGGUGCCACCCCAGCGCGGCCGCCCGCUGCUGCUCAAGAGGGAUGCCAACUUCACCCAGCUCGUGGUGGAUCGCGUGGCAGGGCUGGACGGGGCCACCUACGAGGUGCUCUUCAUUGGCACAGGUGACGGCUGGGUGCACAAGGCGCUGGAUUUGGGCACCCGCACCCACCUGGUGGAGGAGCUGCAGGUGUUCGAGCCGCCGCAGCCCGUCGAGAGCCUGGUACUGGCGGGCACCAAGAAGCUGCUGUUCGCCGGGUCCCGCUUGCAGGUGGCACAGCUGCCCCUGGCAGAGUGCGGGCGCUACCGCUCCUGCACCGACUGCGUGCUGGCACGGGACCCCUACUGCGCCUGGAGCCGCAACGGCAGCGCCUGCGUCCGCACCGACGGGCACAACGGGUCCCACCUGGUGCAGGACGUGCUGAGCUCCGACACCACGGCCUGCUCCGUGCCGCAGGUGGCCAAGCAAGGGCCGCUGACCCCCAAGAACGUGACGGUGGUGGCGGGCACGGACCUGGUGCUGACGUGCCGCCUGGCCUCCAACCUGGCGCGCGCCCUCUGGACCUUCGAGGGCCGGGCGCUGGCGGCGCAGCAGGCGCUGCUGCCGGGCGAGGCGCGGCUGCGGGCGCUGGUGGUGCCCGGCGCGGGCGCCCAGCACAGCGGCACGUACCGCUGCCUGGCCGAGGAGCAGGGCGCCCGCCUGCCCGCCCAGGAGUACCGCGUGGCCGUGCUGCCCGGCCCGGGCGCGCCGCUGGAGACGCGGGCGCCGCCGCAGGGCCUGGGCGCCGUCUGGGUGCUGGCCGUGUGCCUGGGCGCGCUGUGCCUGCUGCUGCUGCUGGCCGUGCUGUCGCUGUGGCGCCGGCUGCGCCACGAGCUGGGCAAGGGCGCCAAGGCCAUCGAGAGCACCCUGGUGUACCCCAUCGAGCUGCCCAAGGAGCCGCCCAGCCCGCGCUUCGUGCCCAGCGCCGCCUCCGACUCGGACGAGAAGCUCUGGGACCCGGCCAGUUAUUACUACUCGGACGGUUCGCUCAAAAUCGUGCCCGGCCACGCCAACGCCGCGGGCGCCGCGCGCUGCCACAACGGGGCCGCCUCGCCGCCCGCGGGCAUCCCCGGGCAGCCGCUGCACUCGCCCACCCGCAUCCACCUGGGCCCCCUGCGCGGCUCGGCCUCCAACGGGUACAUCCGCCUGGCGCUGGGCGCCGAGGAGCGCCCGGCCUGCGCCGACCUGGCCGAGGAGCUGCGGCGCAAACUGCAGCAGCGCCAGCCCCUGCCCGACUCCAACCCCGAGGAGUCCUCGGUGUGAGCCGCGCCCGCCCCGGUGCCGCGGCCGGCGCGGGCACCGCCGAGGGGCACGGCGGAGAUGGUGUCGGGAUCCGGCCAGGGAUGGGUGGAUGGCACCAAAUCCUGGCUGGGGAUGGAAGUUUGACACCAGGACCUGGCUGAGGAUGGAAGCCUGGCACCAAAACCCAGCUGAAGAUGGGUGGAUGGCACCAAAUCCUGGCUGAGGAUGGACGCCUGGCACCAAAUCCUGGCUGAGGAUGGACGCCUGGCACCUAAACCCAGAUGGGGAUGGAAGUUUGACACCAAAACCCAGAUGGGGAUGGGAGCCUGGCACCUAAACCUGGUUGAGGAUGGACGCCUGGCACCAAAACCCACCUGGGGAUGGAAGCCUGGCACCAAAACCCGGCUGAGGAUGGACGCCUGGCACCAAAACCCGGCUGGAAUGGAAGUUUGACACCAGGACCUGGCUCGUGAUGGACACCUGGCACGAAAACCCAGCUGGGGAUGGGAGCCUGGCACCAAAUCCUGGCUGAGGAUGAAAGCCUGGCACCUAAACCUGGCUGGGGAUGGAAUCCUGGCACCAAAUCCUGGCUGAGGAUGGACACCUGGCACCAAAACCCGGAUGAGGAUAGAAGCCUGGCACCAAAACCUGGCUGGGGAUGGGCGCCUGGCACCGGCACCCACCCUGGGGACAGGAUUGCCACACUGGUACCAGCCCUGGGGACAGCAGGGUCACCACAGGCUCUGCCCCUUGUCACCCCAGUGCCAGUGCCCACCCUGGGGACAGCAUUGUCACCCUGGCACCAGGAUUGUCACUUUGCCACCUGCCUUGGGGACAGCCCUGGCACCCAUGGGGGUGGCACUGCCACCCUGGCACCAGGAUUGUCACUUUGCCACCCUCCCUGGGCACAGAGCUGUCACCCCGGCACCGCUGCCACCCGGCCGUGCCACCAACCUUCGGUACGGUGUCCCCACGGAGGGACAGCCUUGGGGACACCCCCGGGCCCUGUGCCCACCCGUGCCCACCCGUGCCCACCCGUGCCCGGUGCCCUCGGGACGGUUUUUUUUUUGGGCUCGUUUCGGGUUUUUCUCCCUGACUUUUUUCUAUUUGCCCUCCCUGCGUGCCCACCCGUGCCAGGGCUCUGUCCCCACCCUGCCCUGGCACUUUGUCCCCUCGUGUCCCCCCUCCUGUGCCCACCCCCUGCACGCCCCCCGCCCCUUUUUGUAUCAGCCCCCGCCCGCUGUAAUUUAUUUGUUACCGAAAUAUAUUUAUUUCUUGUAAAUACCUGAGUAUUUUUAUAUUCAUAAUAAAAGGACUUCCAGAAAAAAA